CUAUAGUCCAGCUAUAGUCGUACCGAGGUUGAUAGCAAAAACGGUGAAAGUUUGGUGGUUUUAUUUUUCUUCAAAGUUUAUAAUGAGUCUCGAGCACAAUGUGAGCGCUUCGUGCAAGUGUACCUGCCUCAUUUGUUGGUGUGCCGUUUGAUUUCUGUUCCCACCAUGCCCUGAUAAAGGCUAUCAUGAUCGCCCACGUGAACCAGUUCGUCGUUGGACUGAAAAGCCGCAGCGAAGAUGUGCGGUUCAAGACCGCCAGUGAGCUGCACCAUUACGUCACCACCGAACUGCGGGAGAUGGGCUCAGAGGACGUUUCGGCGUUCAUGGAAGAGUUCCAUCAUCACAUUUUUGAGAUGGUGUCGAGCUCCGACGUGAACGAAAAGAAAGGAGGAAUUUUGGCAAUAGUGAAUCUCCUGGAAGUGGAUUCUGGCAACACUGGAUCAAGAAUCAGUCGUUUUGCAAACUACCUUCGCAACCUGUUGCCAUCUAAUGACACAACAGUUACUGAGCUUGCUGCGUAUGCCAUAGGUCGUCUGACAACUGUCGGCAGCAGCUUUACGGCUGAAUAUGAUGACUUUGUCAUAAAGCGUGCCAUUGAGUGGCUUUGUGAAGAGCGCCAUGAGGGCAAGCGGCAUGCGGCUGUGUUGAUUCUUCAGGAACUUGCCAUCUCCACACCUACCUUCUUUUUCCAAAACAUCCAGCCGAUUUUCGACUGCAUCUUCAAUGGUGUACGUGACCCCAAGCCCAUGAUCCGGGAAGGUGCAGUGUUAGCUCUUAGGGCUGCGCUCAUGGUGACAGCACAGCGCGAGACAAAGGACACCCAAAAUCCUCCCUGGUACUCCAAGUGUUACGAAGAAGCUGAGAAUGGCUUUGAAGAGGCACUGGGUGGUGCGAGGGAGAAGGGUGUAAACAGAGAGGAUCGUGUCCAUGGCUCUCUGCUGGUCAUCAGUGAGCUUCUGAAGUGCAGCAACAUUGAGGGAGAGAGAGUCAGACAGGAACUGGAGGAGGUCACCUCCCAGCAAGCGAGGCACGAAGCACACAGGACACAGAGUUCAGGCAGUUCGUUAACACGCUCUCUACGGGCCCUGCAGCAGAUGCAGGAACACCGGCCACGGGGUGGUGCAAGAGCUGCGCUGCUGCGCUAUCAUCGAGCACAGGGUUUCCAGCCGGCCUCCAUUGUGCCCAUACAUUCGGGGCCCUCAUACCAGCUUCACGGAGGCCACAGGCUCCACCACCACAGUCACCGUCUGGUACCCACACACGAGAGCAACACCUGCAAGCGUCUGCUUGACGAAAAGUUUGACCAGAUAUGUGAGAGGGUUUUAAGGCAACGUGCCCUGCGAAAUUCGUACAUCCAGCAUGCCCUGCACAUGGUGCUGCCCAGACUUGCUGCCUUCCAGACACAAAGAUUUGUGAAGAGGUAUCUGGCCGACACCAUGGACUAUCUGCUUGGCUGCCUACGGAGGGAGAGGGAGCGCAGCUGGGCUUUCCUCUCCAUCGGACUGCUAGCCGUUGCCGUGGGUGAACACUUGUUGCCCUACCUUCCUAAGGUCAUGGAAGUUAUUCGUGUGUCUUUGCCCAGCAACAGUACACCAUCCAAGAAAAAAGGUCCUGUCUUGGAUCCUGCUGUGUUCACAUGCAUCAGUUUGCUAGCAAGAGCCAACAAGAGCAGCAUUGCCAGUGACCUGAAAGACCUUCUGGACCCCAUGCUUAACACUGGCCUCAGUCCAGCACUGACAGCUGCCUUGCAGGAAGUGUCUCUGCGCAUUCCCCAGCUAAAGCGAGACAUCCAGGAUGGCUUGCUCAAGAUGCUGUCCUGUAUACUGAUGCAGCGUCCACUCAAACACCCUGGCGUGCCGAAGCACAUGCAUGCAGCUCAGCCAAAUCCAGAAACCACUGAUGUUGCAACCAUUUCUCUCGCUUUGAAGACCCUGGGUAGCUUUGACUUUCAGGGGCGAACACUGACGAGCUUUGUCAAGCAUUGUGCAAACACGUACCUGACGAGUGAGCACAAAGAAAUACGCCUGGAAGCAGUUCGCACGUGCUGCUGCCUCCUUUCACCAGCACUACAGAACAUGAAAGCAACUGGGAAGUACAGCCCCUCCCUCAUGGAUGACGUUCAGAGAGUGCUUGGCAAACUAUUACUGGCUGGUGUGACUGACACUGACUCGGACGUGCGUUACUGUGUGCUUGCAUCCCUGGAUGAGAAGUUUGAUGGCCACCUGGCGCAAGCAGAGAACCUAAGUGCCUUGUUCAUCUCUUUAAAUGACGAAGUGUUUGAGAUUCGGGAGCUUGCCUUGUGUAUCAUUGGCCGGCUGAGCAGCCUGAACCCAGCGUACAUCAUGCCUCCACUUAGAAAAGUGCUCAUACAGAAUCUGACGGAGUUGGAGCAUUCGGGGGUGGUCCGAAACAAGGAGCAGGCUGCCAAAAUGCUGGGUCACCUUCUGUCCAAUGCACCAGGGCUUAUACGACCAUACAUGGAGCCCAUUCUGGCUGUGCUCAUCCCAAAGCUCAAGGCCCCAGAUCCAAACCCUGGGGUUGUCAUAUGUGUCCUGGCAGCAGUUGGAGAGCAGGCACAGGUCAGUGGGACAGAGAUGCGCAAGUGGAUGAACGAACUGCUGCCCAUCAUCAUUGAUAUGCUGCAAGACUCAUCAUCAUUGCCGAAAAGAGAGAUCAGUCUCUGGACUCUUGGUCAGCUGGUCGAGAGCACUGGCUACGUAGUGGAGCCAUACCACAAGUAUCCCACUCUUCUCGAUGUGCUGCUGAACUUCCUCAAGACAGAGCAGUCCAGUAGCAUUCGGAGAGAAGCUAUUCGAGUGCUGGGACUGCUCGGGGCACUGGAACCAUUCAAGCACAAGCUAAACAUGGGGAUGAUUGAUGACUUCAGCGAUUCAGGAGCAGUUGUUAGCAUCAGUGUGGUCCCACCCGAAAGUCAAGAGCUGAGUGCCAGCGAGAUGCUGGUGAGCAUGGGCGGGAGCUUGGAGGAGUUCUACCCAGCCAUGGUGGUGUCGACACUCAUGCGCAUCAUGCGCGACCCCACACUCAGCCAGCAUCACACUAACGUCGUUCAGGCAGUCGUCUUCAUCUUCCAGAGCCUCGGCCUACGUUGUGUCCCGUAUGUGCCACAGGUUCUGCCAGCACUGCUUAAUGUGGUACGCACUGUGGAUGCCAGCUUCAGGGAGUUCCAUUUCCGGCAGCUUGGCCAGCUGAUUGCCAUUGUGAAGCAGCACAUCCGCAAUUACUUAGACGACAUCUUUGCUCUCAUAAAGGAGUUCUGGGCCGUAAACAGCCCGAUCCAACUGACCAUCAUCAUGUUGGUGGAGCAGAUUGUGACCUCCCUUGGCUCAGACUUCAAGGUGUACCUGCCCAAGCUGGUGCCCCAUGCCCUCAAGGUUUUCAUGCACGACAUGAGCGCAGACAGGGCUGUCACUGCUAAGCUGCUGACAGCACUGCAGAAAUUCGGUUGCAACCUCGAUGACUACCUGCACCUCAUACUGCCUCCCAUUGUCAAGUUGUUUGACUCGCCAGAUGUCCCCAAGAAUGUCAGAGCCACUGCAUUGGAAACCAUCGAUAUUCUCUCGGAGUCCCUUGACUUUUCGGAGUUUGCGGCCCGUAUCAUUCAUCCCUUAGUCCGGACCCUUGACACCACCCCUGAGUUGCGCUCACAAGCUAUGGACACCUUGUGUGCUAUGGUUGUUCAGCUGGGUAAAAAGUACAAGAUUUUUCUACCUCUGGUCACCAAGGUCAUUGACAACCACAAGAUUGUACACCAGCGGUACAAUUCUCUCGUCACUAAAAUCAUACGAAGCACCAGUCUCAUAGACGAUGAUGAAACAUUUGGUGUGGACAAGCGGCAACCCCGGAGCAGACAGCAGUCGGAGGACCAGCCUGCGUCAAACACAGAGAUCACAACGGUCAAGAAACAGAAGGUUUGCUCGGCCAACCUAGAGCGGCUAUGGACACCAGCCAAAAGAGUUUCCAAGGAUGACUGGUUAGAAUGGCUGAGGAGGUUAAGCAUUGAGCUUCUGAAAGCCUCACCAUCUCCAGCCCUUCGCUCCUGUUGGUCCCUGGCUCACAGUUACAACCAGCUCCCCAAGGACCUGUUCAACGCUGCUUUCUUGUCCUGUUGGGUGUGUCUCGGUGAGAACGACCAGAAGGAGAUAAUAGAGAAUUUUCAGAAGGCCCUGAUGGACCAGGAUAUUCCUGAGAUCACCCAGACUUUGCUCAACUUGGCCGAGUUCAUGGAGCACUGUGAGAAAGGUCCCCUUCCACUUGAUCAGAAGUUGCUUGGUGAGCGUGCCAUGAAAUGUCGAGCAUAUGCAAAGGCACUCCACUACAAAGAGGACGAAUUUCACAGAGGUCCUACUACUGAAGUGUUGGAAGCGCUGAUUAGCAUCAACAACAAGUUGCAGCAGCCGGAAGCUGCCGCUGGUGUCUUGGAAUAUGCAACCAAGUGUCAUGCAACAGACCUGAGAGUGAAGGAGCGCUGGUAUGAAAAGCUGCAUGAUUGGGAGAAUGCACUGAGGGUCUAUGGAAGAGCACGAGAGCAGAAGCCAGAUGAUGUGGAGCUUAUCUUGGGUCAGAUGAGAUGUUUGGAAGUUCUUGGCGAGUGGGAGCAGCUUUACCAGCUCUCGAGUGGAAACUGGAGCAAUAGUUCACACAGCAACCAACAAAAGAUGGCUCGCAUGGCGUCAGCAGCUGCUUGGGGCCUUGAAAAGUGGGAAACCAUGGAGGAGUAUGUGCAGGUGAUCCCUCGUGAAACCACUGACAGUGCCUUUCACCAAGCAGUACUUGCUGUACACAAGGAAAACUUCCAAGGUGCACAGCAGUUCAUUGACAAAGCAAGAGACCUGAUAGACACAGACCUUACUGCCAUGGUUGGAGAAAGCUAUAGCCGAGCAUAUGGGGCUAUGGUGCAAGUGCAGAUGUUGGCUGAACUGGAGGAAGUGAUUCAGUACAAGCUUGUGCCUGAACGAAGGGAAGCAAUCAAGCAGAAAUGGUGGGACAGGCUGCAAGGUUGCCAGAGGAUUGUCGAGGACUGGCAGAGGAUAUUGCAGCUUCAUUCUUUGGUUGUUAAGCCCAAGGAUGACAUGCGCAGCUGGCUAAAGUUCAGCAGCCUGUGCAGGCGCAAUGAACGACUGGCACAGUCUCACAGAACACUGGUCACUCUUUUGGGGACAGACCCUUCUCUAGUGCCUAACCAGCCUCUGCCUACUGCUUACCCUGCUGUAACAUUUGCCUAUAUCAAACACAUGUGGCAGAGCAACCAGAAGGAAAACGCCCUGAGGCAGCUGCACCACUUUGUCCAGACAGAGCUUCCAGCCAACAGCACCCUGAACCACCUGUGCCUGCCUGUUCCCAAUGAGAAUGCACAGCGCAGUGAGCACCAGAAACUCCUGGCCAGAUGUUACUUGAAGCUUGGCCAGUGGGAGGAGUGCAUGCAGGGCAUCAAUGAGACUUCAAUCCCCAUGAUUCUGCGUUACUACCAGUUGGCCACAGAACACGAUAAUGAUUGGUACAAGGCUUGGCAUGCUUGGGCUUACAUGAACUUUGAGGCAGUUCUGUUCUUCAAGCACCAAGCUCAACAGAGCAACAGUGCCAGUGCACUACCUUUGCAGCAGCAGUCCCAACAGGUUGGAGGAGGUGAAACUGCAUGCUAUGCUGGUGACUGCCCAAGAACUGGUCUGACAGCUCAGCACAUCAAGGACUACACAGUACCGGCUGUGAAGGGAUUCUUUCGGUCGAUUGCCCUUUCUCAUGGAAGCACCCUACAGGACACCCUCAGGCUGCUGACCCUGUGGUUUGACUAUGGCCACUGGCCUGAAGUGAAUGAGGCCCUGGCAGAGCGGGUAAACAAGGCCCCUAUGGAGACUUGGCUUCAGGUGAUACCUCAGCUCAUCGCCCGCCUUGACACCCCCAGACCCUUAGUGGCAGGACUUGUUCAUGAGCUGCUAGGAGAAGUGGGACGCAAGCACCCUCAGGCCCUCAUUUACCCUUUAACAGUGGCGUCCAAGUCGGCGCUUCCAGCCCGCAGCCGAGCAGCAUUACGUGCCCUUGGUGUGAUGCGAGAACACAGUGCCAGGCUAGUCAAUCAGGCUAUAACGGUGAGUGAAGAGCUGAUACGGGUGGCCAUUCUGUGGCAUGAGCUGUGGCACGAAGGCCUUGAAGAGGCCUCACGGCUCUACUUUGGCGAGCGCAAUGUCAAGGGCAUGUUCGCCACCUUGGAGCCCCUACAUGCAAUGAUGGAGCGGGGGCCGCAGACACUUCGAGAGACCUCCUUCCACCAGGCCUAUGGUAGAGACUUGGCAGAGGCUCUGGAAUGGUGCAAGAAGUACCAACGUUCUUUGAAUGUCAAAGACCUGACUCAGGCUUGGGACCUCUACUACCACGUGUUCCGUCGCAUCUCCAAGCAAUUGCCUCAGCUCACCUCCCUGGAGCUGCAGUAUGUGUCACCCAAGCUCCUCAUGUGCCGUGACUUUGAGUUGGCCGUGCCAGGCAGCUACAACCCAAACCAGCCUGUCAUCCGAAUUGCUCGCAUUGAGAGCUCUCUUCAGGUCAUCACCAGCAAGCAGAGGCCCAGGAAGUUGUGCAUUAAGGGCAACAAUGGCAAAGACUACAUGUUCUUGUUGAAAGGACAUGAAGACCUGAGGCAAGAUGAGAGAGUUAUGCAGCUAUUUGGCCUCGUCAAUACGCUGCUUGUCAAUGACCCUGAAACAUCAAGAAGGAAUUUGACCAUUCAGCGUUAUUCAGUCAUACCACUGUCCACAAACAGUGGGCUGAUUGGUUGGGUGCCUCACUGCGACACUCUGCACACCCUCAUUCGAGAUUACAGGGACAAGAAGAAGAUAUUGCUCAACAUUGAACACCGAAUCAUGCUACGGAUGGCGCCGGACUAUGAUCACCUGACUCUUAUGCAAAAGGUGGAGGUCUUCGAGCAUGCCCUCGAGCACACCAAUGGUGAUGACUUAGCCAAACUUCUCUGGCUGAAGAGCCCCAGCUCAGAGGUGUGGUUUGAUCGGCGGACCAACUACACAAGGUCUUUGGCCGUCAUGUCUAUGGUCGGCUAUGUACUUGGACUUGGAGACAGACAUCCUUCCAAUUUAAUGCUGGACCGGCUGAGUGGAAAGAUUUUGCACAUAGACUUUGGAGACUGCUUCGAAGUUGCUAUGACACGUGAGAAGUUUCCAGAGAAGAUUCCUUUCCGACUUACACGCAUGCUCAUCAACGCCAUGGAGGUGACUGGCAUUGAGGGCACAUAUCGAAUGACCUGUGCAAAGGUGAUGAAGGUGCUGCGUGGGAACAAAGACAGUCUCAUGGCUGUCCUUGAAGCCUUUGUUUAUGACCCACUGCUCAACUGGAGGUUGAUGGAUGCACAGCCAAAAGUGAAGCACUCUAAAACAAGAGGUGGUUCUGCCCCCUGCAGCCAUGACCAAGGAGAUAUCCUAGAAGCAGUGGACAUUGGCUCCCAGCCAACUGCAAAGAAAGCAGUUGAUGCCAUUUCUGGAAUCGGUGAUGGUGAAGCUGGCCAGCCAGAGGCCCUGAACAAGAAGGCUUUGGCCAUCAUCAACAGGGUGCGAGAUAAGCUCACAGGGAGAGAUUUUGCGCCUGACGAGACCUUGGAUGUUCCUGAACAAGUGGAACUCUUGAUAAAGCAAGCAACUUCACAUGAAAAUCUGUGUCAGUGCUAUAUUGGAUGGUGCCCGUUUUGGUGAAACCAAAGGAUAGGAAAAAGAAGAUGCAUCCACAAACACUGUGGGAGAUCAUGUUAGGUGAUGCUGGAAGCGGAUCCAUUUGUUGUCGGAUGGACUGUUUAUCUUUGUGCAGCAUCAUGUAAAUUGUCUUUCUCUCUCUCUGAAGCAUCAAAGUUGCAUAUAAAGUGUGCAUUGUUAUCAACAACUG